CAAAGAAGACGGACACUGUAUAGAGAGAGAAGGCACGGGUUUCGGAAGCUCAAUCUCGUGAGACGACGGUACUCUCUUCUUCAUUGGUUUUAGCUACUAUGAUUUCAGUGAAAAUAAGAUCCACUAAGUAGUUUGCUGCAAAGAUCAAGUGGAGCACUUCCGAUCGAGCUCUGUUUCGUGUUAUUUGGUUCGGAGUGGGAGAAGAUUCCAUUGAAAUGGUGAAUCUGAGGUUCCUUCUUGAGUUAGGGUUUCGAACCCCUUCGUAAGGAAGGAGACUCGGCGGGGUGUUCUACUUUCAUAGAUUUUUCGGUCUGGAGAAUCAUGGCAGGAGAAGUUGAAGAGUGCAUUGCUCAUCAGUCUGGCAGUUUACCAAGCGGUUCCAUAUCAUUUGGAAGAUUUGAUCUUGGAUCUUUGUCUUGGGAAAAAAGGUCGACAUUCUCUCAUAACCGAUAUCUCGAAGAAGUCGAAAAAUACUCCACGCCAGGUUCUGUUACCAGAAAGAAAGAAUACUUUGAAGCUCAUUUCAAGAAAAAGGCACUUCUUCAUCAGGUUUCUGAAGAGAAUGAGAAGGGAAAUGAAUCUAAACAUGUUGAAAGCAUUGUUGUUCAUAACGAUGGUAUUAUCAAAGAUUUCGUUUUUCGUGGUAACGAAGAAUUGGUUGAAGUUUCUCGGGAUGAUAAAAAUGCUCCCUCAGUCUUAGAUGAUAGUGAAAUAUUUGAACUUCAAAAAGAGGAAAUGUCAUCAGCAGAAUUAAAUAUGGGAUUUUCGUCUUUGAACAGUGAAGAAUACGCUGAGCCAUUUAAUGAACAUUCAGCUUUUAAUGUUGUGAAAUUAGAUGAAGGUGGUUCUUUUGAGAUUGUGGAAGAUAAGGCCGUGGAUGAUAGUGGAAAUAUUGAAAAUUUGGCUGAAAAUGGAGAUGUUUCCUUAAAUAUCAUCGAGACCAAGAAAAACAAUGAGGCCGUCAAAAUGAAAAGUCAAAAGGUUUCAACGAAGAGUAGUGCUACAGUUGAUGCGAAAGCUGGAAAGUCGCAAUUUAAGGCGCAUUUGUCUAAACAGCAGAUGCCAAAGAAAGCUUCGAAGAACGGAAAUUCUAUUUCAUGCGGAAAGAUUAAGAAAGCUGACAAGCAAAAUAUACCAAUAAAACUGGAAAAAUCAGUACCUUCAAAAGUUCCAUUUCCUACGUCUGCAGAAAAUGGGAAUUUCAAAACAAUGGCUUCUAGAAAUAUGAAAACUAAAACUAGUUCAGAGAUUAAAAGUGUGGAAAGCGUAAAAGCAAAGAAGGCUGAAGUUAUGCCCCAUCUAGUUGAAAGAAGAGGAAGUGAUGUGCCCCAUCCUGUAAACAGGGUUAAAUCGAGCUCUAAGGCGGAAGAUAAGCAAAGUCCUGCUGCCUUUAAAUUUAAAAGCAGUGAAAGGGCUGAGAAAAGAAAAGAGUAUUACUUGAAGUUGGAGGAGAAGCUUCAUACUAAAGUGGCUGAGAUGAAUGAGAUUCAAGCCAGAACUGAGGAGAUAAAAGAAGCAGAGAUGAAACAAUUUCGCAAAAGCCUCAACUUCAAAGCAACUCCUAUGCCAUCUUUCUAUCUUGAAACUACAAAACUCUCUGAAGUAAAAAAGACAUCUACCACACUAUCUAAAUCUCCAAUCACUCCGAGCAAGUCCUCAACUCCUCUAACUCAGCCAUCUUCAACAUCAAAUCAACAAACACCUCCGCCAUGUGAGUUCACACACGACAAAACACAACCCAUCUCUCCUUCCAUCUCGAUCGCCACAGAAAAAGUCAGAGGUACCGAAACAUCGAACCAUUCAUCGAAAAAGCCUGUUGGUUCGAGGGGCGAAGAGAAAGUCAAGUUCAAUUCAUUGCAAAGUCAAGGUAAUGGUAUGCGAAAGAAAGUAGAGAGUAAGGGGUUGUAUGGCAAAGGUUUUAGCAGUUCUAGUAAAUCCUGUAAAUCCGAAUUUACUAAAUCCAGCCAACAACACGAUUUAGCAAAUGCGGAACUUAAGAGAAAAGUGUGAAAGUUGCCAUUUUCGGUCUCGUAAUAUUGAAGUGAAAUACAACUUAAAUCCAUUACCAUACCAUGCCGCGGAGUGGGAUAAGGAGGGUGGUUGUGGGAAAGGUGAAGGGUACUGUUCAUGUUGCCUCCCAAGUCAAAUUUGUAAGUAUAAUUUAAUUAAUUUGUUGAUGGCAGUUGGUAGAAACCUCUAAUUAUUGUACUCUAAUUGUUACAGUUGAUCUUAGGAAAUCUCAAUAUUUUUG